GGAGGGCAUCAUUCUGGAGUCCUGGUCUGGAGAAAGAUCUUUUUGUCUUCCUCACUGAAGAGUGUCACAUGGAAGCUGGAUGGUAGACAGCUCCUAGGACAUUAUAAGGGCGGACUGACCAUUUGGCACUGCCCGAGGACCUGGGGUCAGUAGGGGGCCCCAUUAGAUGCCCCUGGUACCUUUUUCAUAGGCUUUUUUGAGUUUGGGCAAGGACACAGGGGUCCCAUGAUCCCCUAUUGCCCGGGGGCCCCAUGA